AUGAGUUUCCGGCGUACUAUGGGUGCGCUGCUCUCGGUAUUCUGGGUAUGUGCCGAUCGGUAUGACGACUUUGUGCGGAACCAACCUCCAAGCAACAGGCUCUCGAGGGAGAACUGGAGUCAUCUUCAGCGGUGGGUUAGGAACGUCGUUAAGCUGACCGACCCGCAAGAGCCCGAUGCUGUCGAUGCGAUGCUUUGCUUCAUGUCGAUACAUGACUUGGGUAAGAUGAAGGACUUCAGAGAGGAGUUGGCUCCAGGAUAUCAGGACCACGAUGCUGGUCUGUCGUACAUCCUGAGCAGGUCGCCUGAGGUGCUCCCGAGCUACUGUCGUCUUCCCGACAAGUACCAGCUCUUGAUCGAGACUUCUCUGAAGGUGGAUUUCAACUUUGGUCAAUUUCUACAAGCUGAGAACCUGCCCGCGAACAUCAAGAAUGUGAAGUCGUUGCUUGGGAAUAAGGGCGAUGUUGCUCUAGCUUUCUACCUCUUCCAUAUCUUCGCGGAUAUGGCCGGCAUUAUGGGAGCUAAGAGCCUUGAUGGAAGUAUGUUCAUGACAGAAACCAUGUUCAACAACUUCAAGAAGGGUCUUACUACUCUGCAGCUGCUAACGCACGAGACGAUGAAUGACACCUACGACUCCUUCUUGAAACUGCGUGCCAAAGAGCAGGGUCUUGCAUUCCAGACUCCGACUGACAGGGCGAUCAUCAG